CUGGGCUUCUAGCGACCAGCACCCUCUAACCCUCCUGGGCCCAGACAUGCUGCUUAUUACAGGGGGCUCUUACAGAGUCCUGUGUGCCACUUUGGUAUCUCUCUUUCACAUUGUAUCUAGUGAUGCUCUAAAUGUGACAGAUCCUCUAGCUCGUACAUCAAUUCAGAAAAGCUACGAUCUCACAAAAUACUUGGAACACCAGCUUCGCUCUUUGGCCGGACCGUACCUUAAUUAUCUUGGUCCUCCUUUCAAUGACCCAGACUUUAACCCACCACGUGCUGGGGGUCCUGAGACAAUUCCUAGUGCUUCUGUUGACUUUCAUCUGUGGAGAAAUCUGAAUGAUGGGCUCCGUUUGGCGGAGAAUCAUCGUGCAUACAGCUUGCUUCUCUGCUACUUGCGAUCAAUUGAUGAAGAGGUAGCACGCACUGAACUAAGGAGAAGCUUGGGCCGAUUUUGCACCAGCCUGCAGGGCCUUGUGGUGAGCAUUGCUGGAGUUAUGUCUUCCCUCGGCUAUCAACCACCACAAGAACUAGUAACAUCCUCUCCCCCAACAGCAAUGGGUUUUGGAAGAGGAAAUGACUUUUUGAGAAAAAUGGAGGACUUCUGGUUGCUAAAGGAGCUGCAAAUUUGGCUUUGGAGGUCAGCCAAGGACUUCAACCGUCUCAAAAGAAAGGUUCCAUCUGUUGUGGCCUUCAGAGUGGAAUCCCGUGGGCUGUGAUUUGGUUGAUAUGAGGAUGUUGACUCAUGUUGCUGUACUUCUUAAUACAGCAAUAACCAAAAUGAGCAAGCCACAAUGGUAUUAUUGUGCUCGCAUAUAGAUGGAAUGUUGCACAUUUUUGUUACUGGAAUAUAAGUCAAUGGAAGAAUAUGAGAAUACAAAGUCAUAACAGAUUACUAUAGCCCAAGGAGGAGUUUAGAUUUUGUUCCCAGAAAUUGAAAAAAAGUCAUAAGGGAAAUAAUAUGGGUUAACAAUAAGUGGAGAAUUCAAAUAAAUGAUCACUGACUUAAGGAAAACAAGCAAAAACCAUAAAGGGAGCAGUGUGACCACAAAUAUGCAGAGGGGGUAGUGCAAGAGACCGUAGGGUUGUUUUAUUUAUGGGAAGAGCCUGUGUGGUCUAUUUAAAUUACACGAUAAAAAAGAUAUGGAAAAAGGAUAUAAAACAGGGCAUUCUUAAUUAUGGCUCAGUAUGAAAUGCUGCCCAAAUUGCAGUGGCAGUCAAAGAGAAAAAAUAUUUACUAAAUCUACUAAAUAAAUAUCAACUGCAAAUAAGCCUACAUGAAGAAUAUUUCAAAGGCAAUGGGUUAUAGAUAGGACUGUAAAAGAACCAGAACAGCUAAAAAAAAAAAAAAAA